AUGUCAGGCUAUUCGAGAAAGCGGCCUGCGCCAGGCGCGAAUCCUGUGGGCUAUACGCAGCAAGUCCCUCAGCAACAACAGCCAAGCAGUUCAUAUGCGCCGCUCGCCGGGCAGGGUCUCUCGGAUGAUCAAUUCUUGCAGUGGGGCAAUGGCGCCGCUCCUCAGUCAUACGACAACAGCGGAGCCUACGCCGACAACCGCGCUGCAUACUCUUCGAAUACCUCGAAUCAACUGGCCCGACGGCCUGCGAAUCAAUCAAUCACUCCCGCACCAAAAUACGAAAAUGCUGGGAACCAAUGGCCUGAUGAAAGAGAUGCAUGGUCAGACGACGUCCAGAGUCUCGAGCGAAAAGCCCAGAUCGCGAAGGCAGAAUCAAAGGCCAAGAAGAAACAAAUUCCACCGUUUGUGCAGAAGUUAAGCAAUUUCCUCGAGAACAAUCACAACACGAGUCUCAUCCGGUGGUCGGAUGACGGCAAUUCGUUCAUUGUCCUAGAUGAGGAUGAAUUCGCAAAGACCCUCAUCCCAGAGCUGUUCAAGCACAACAACUAUGCAUCAUUUGUGCGACAAUUGAAUAUGUAUGGCUUCCACAAGAAGGUCGGAUUGUCGGACAAUUCUAUGAGAGCAAGCGAGAGAAAGAACAAGACACCAAGCGAGUAUUCAAACCCAUAUUUUCGUCGCGGCCAUCCAGAUCUACUGUACUUGAUCCAGAAGCCCAAGACCACAACAGGCAAGAAGGGCAGGAAAGCAGAUGUUGAUCAGGUUGAAGAGGACAUCGACGAAUAUGUGGAUGAUCUGCCUGUCUCGGACACUCGGAUUCGUCCGAGACCGCAAUUGACCCUCGGUCAAGGAGACAGCAGUUUGUCUUCGGAACAAUUCUCGACUAUACAACGGGAACUACGAACCAUCAAGCAACAGCAGAACCAGAUUCAGCAUGUGAUGGCCAGACUCCGCGCAGACCACCAGAAUCUGGUGAAACAAGCCAACACCUACCAGGAUUAUCAUAGCCGGCAUGAAAACUCCAUCAACGCCAUCCUCACGUUUCUUGCAACAGUCUACAAUCGGUCGUUGCAAGGCCACGAAGACAUGCCAGGUAUCCAGAAUUUGUUCGCUGGAGCUGGCGCUAUCCCCAACGAGCAGCCUUCCGGCACAGUCGUUGACGUGGGCGACUACACUUUCGACAAUCUGGCGCCUGACAGCAAUUCACCCGCGAAACCUUUCAGAAGAGCACCCCUACUACUUACCGAUGGUACUCAACAGGGUCGUGCCUCGACCAUGUCUCCGUCCACCGCCAAUAGUCCUUACCCACCCAGACCGAGCCGACGGCCUUCUCAACCUCACCAGACGCCCCAAGCAACAGUGGAAGAGCUUUUUGAUCCCGGCGAUACACCCACUCAAAUGCAGCAGCAACAUGAUAUCAUGAAUGUUAUCAAUGAUUCUAAUGCGCGCAACUCCACGCCUAGUACAAAUGCCGAUUUCUCAAACAUGAUAUCGGAUUUGCAGAACUCUGGCGGCAACAACCCUCUCAACGCAAACCAGCGUGCUGAUAUGCUGCGUCUGAUACACAACACUGGUGGAAAUUCGUCCAACGGGGACAAUGCGCUGAUCAAUGCCACACCUCCAGCAUAUCCGACAAAUUUCGAUCGGCAGCUUGCUGAUUCGAAGGCAACUUACGACUCAUUGGCUAAGAUGCAGGCUGAGCAGGACAAAGCCGUUCAGAAUUUGACGAAUCUCCUCCAACCCCUGUCACCAUCUGGCAGCAUUCCUGGCAUACACGAUGAUACGAAUCUACCUCCUGCUCCUUGGAACGUCGACGACUUUUUAAACGCCGAUCAUGAUUAUUUCGACGGACUCAACGGCUCAAACUUUGACCUGAAUGCCACUGAUAACAAUGUCGCCGCACCAGCCUUCAACGACUACGACGACAUGUUCACUAAUGUGCCUAAUAUCACGAAUCACGAACCGAACAACAAUAACAGCUCUAACAACCUUGAAGUCGAAGACCGCGGUCGAGUCGAGUCCGCAUCGAUAGCGUCGUCAGAGGUUGCGACACCAGAGUCUGCUGCUGCGGCUUCAAAUCACUCUGCCAAUAAUUCUCCCCUCAUCAGCAACAAGCAGGGGAGGCAGGCGCCUUCAGGUCAGCAGCAACAGCAGCCUACUAAGCGCACACGACGAGCCUGA